AUGUUCUACUUUCCAGGGCUUUCCUAUUGUCGACAUCUACGAACUAUAAGAAAGCAUCUGAUGUAUUUGGUCGAUACGAGAGAAAUGAGUGGCGAGGAAGAUGCAAAGCCAGUCGAUGAAGAGUUUUGGAAGAAAUGUCGCAGUGAGAAGACGGCUGAACUUGAAGAAGAAUUCCUUCUAAGGGUUUAUUGGAAAGGCAUCGAGGGAACAGCUACUAAAGAACUUCGACGUCAGGCUUGGCCAUAUCUUUUGAAGCUCUUUGAUUGGGAUGAGGAACCUGAACCUAAAAUGACUGAAUUUACAAAGAAAUACAGAGAGGAUGUUGAUAGUUGGAGGGUACUGGAAGCAGAAGUUCGCCGCCAAGAUGAGGAGGACUUCAUAGCUGCUCGACAUAGAAGGAUUCCUAUGCCGGAACGCGAAUGUUCCAUGACCAGCGAGGUAUUUGAAGAUGAUUUGCCUGAAAAUGGACUAGUGGGCAAAUCUCAUCACAAUGAGGUCGGCGAUAGUCUACUACGGCAGUUCGCCAAUAAUCUGCAUAGAAUAGACAAAGACGUAGAGAGAUGCGAUAGAAACCUUAUUUUCUUCUCGAAUAAAGAAAAUCUUGAAAGCUUACGAAGAGUUAUGAUAACAUAUGUGAGACGAAAUCUUGAAGACGGCUAUAUCCAAGGAAUGUGUGACAUUUUGGCUCCACUUCUGGUAAUCUUCGAAGAUGAAGCACUCACAUUGGAAUGCUUUACGAUGUUAAUGGCUCGUUUAAGAGACAAUUUUCCACAGCGAAGUGGUAUGGAUGUGUGUCUCAUGAACUUGCGCUCCCUGAUACAGGUCGUCGACCCACAAAUCUUCACUAUGCUAACUUCCACCUCCGAUUUUACCCACUUGUACUUCAGUUAUCGAUGGUUUUUACUUGAUUUCAAACGAGAAAUGUCGUACGACUGCAUCUUCCGCGUGUGGGAGACGAUAUGGGCAGCUACAAGGACAUUCACACCGCAUUUUCCGCUCUUUUUCGCUUUGGCAAUGGUAACCAAUUAUCGGGAUGUGAUCAUCGCUAAUAACAUGGACUUUACUGAUAUGAUCAAAUUCUUUAAUGAAAUGGCAGAACGUCAUGACUGUGUACGUCUUCUGGCAGCAGCACGAGCACAUGUGAAAUGUUUACAAAACUUAGUCCAGCAUCUCAGGUAG